UCAUGUGUUACCUUAAAAAAAAAAACUUAAAACUGUCCAAACAGACCAUAGACCUGGGUCAAAGGAAGUGCUGAAAUUCCGUUGCAGCUGUAGUGUUUUGUAUAUUAUAUGAACGGAAUAUGACAGACGUAAAUAUUUCUUGAAAAUGAUGUAAUGGUGUAUAACGUACAAAUAAGUGUAGUGGUAGUGUAACAAUAUUCUGCUAGUUAUUUAAUUGAUUGUACAUGAAAAAUUCAGCGCUUAUGUUCAUUGUGGUUGAAAUCUUAAUCAUCUUUUAAUUUAAAUUUGGCAGUUUAAUGAAAUUUGUUUGUUGAUAACAUUAUACCUUUUAGUUAAUUAAAAUUUUUCCAAAGACAAUAUAGCGUUCGUUUAUUUUAUUAUUUAUUAGUCAGUAAUUAUCCUAAAUCACACAAUUAUGCAAAUGGACACUACUACUAUACAGUUGAUACAAAUUCUAGAGAAAACUGUUUCACCAGUUACAGGUAACUAUUGGAUGGAUUAUUUAAAGCAAAAAUAGAAACUUAGCAGACUCGAUUAUAUGGAUCGUUCGCCAGGAAUGAUAAAAAUGAACUGGAAGCUGCUCAAAAUUUUUUAGAACAAGCAGCUCAAACCAAUUUACACGAAUUUAUCCAACGGCUAAGUGGAGUGCUCGUUACUGCGGCGGCUAGCCCGGUCGCUCGGAUGGCUGCAGGCCUGCAAUUGAAAAAUCAACUUACCUCAAAAGAUUUAACGGUAAAAUCACGGUAUCAACAACGAUGGUUGAACUGUCCUUUAGAAACCAGAGAAUAUAUUAAAAAAAACAUACUAGGAGCUCUGGGUACUGAAAAUAACAGACCAAGCUCAGCUGCACAGUGCGUUGCAUACGUAGCUGUUGCUGAGUUACCAGUUGGUCAGUGGAAUGAACUCAUCCCUUUACUCGUCAAUAAUGUGGCAAAUCCUAAUAGUACUGAGAUGAUGAAAGAAGCUACUCUCGAAACUAUUGGAUAUAUAUGUCAAGAAAUUGAUAGUGAAGUUUUAGUAUCUCAAUCUAAUCAAAUUUUAACUGCAAUUAUUCACGGAAUGAAAGGAUCAAAUACAUCAAGUCAUGUGCGUUUAGCAGCCACAAGUGCUCUUUUCAAUUCUCUAGAAUUCACGAAAGGAAAUUUUGAAAUUGAGUCAGAAAGAAAUUUUAUAAUGGAAGUUGUUUGUGAAGCCACACAAUCUACCAAUACACAAAUUAAAGUAGCUGCUCUACAGUGUCUUGUAAAAAUAAUGUCACUUUACUAUCAGUUUAUGGAACCCUACAUGGCACCAGCACUUUUUCCUAUAACAUUGGAAGCAAUGAAAUCCGAGAUUGAUGAGGUUGCUUUACAAGGAAUUGAGUUUUGGUCCAAUGUGUCAGAUGAAGAAGUUGACCUCUCUAUGGAAGAAGGAGAAGCGUCAGAAGGAGGCCGUCCACCGUCGAAAGUUUCCCGGCAUUAUGCUAAAGGAGCUUUGCAAUAUUUAGUUCCAGUUCUUAUGCGAAAACUGACCAAACAAGAAGAGUUCGACGAUGAAGAUGAUUGGAAUCCUUCAAAAGCUGCUGGAGUCUGUCUAAUGUUGUUAGCUUCCUGCUGUGAAGAAGGUAUCGUUCCAUAUGUUCUUCCAUUUGUCAAAGAUAAUAUCAAAAAUCCCGAUUGGCGUUAUCGCGAUGCAGCUUUAAUGGCAUUUGGGUCAAUAUUAGGUGGAUUAGAGCCAAACACUUUAAAACCAUUAGUUGAACAAGCCAUGCCUACAUUAAUAGAAUUAAUGUACGAUAGCAGUGUUGCAGUACGUGAUACAGCAGCUUGGACUUUUGGAAGAAUAUGUGAAAUAAUUCCUGAAGCUGCUAUCAAUGAAACAUAUUUAAAACCGCUUUUAGAGUCGCUAGUAACAGGUUUGAAAGCAGAACCUCGCGUAGCGGCUAAUGUUUGUUGGGCUUUUACGGGGCUUGCAGAAGCUAGUUAUGAAUCAGCUGAACCAUCAGAAGAUGGACAACCGGAAACUUAUUGUAUGUCUCAUUAUUUCGAUUUCAUAAUACAGAGACUUUUAGAAACGACGGAUCGAUUAGACGGAGCUCAAGCUAAUUUAAGAUCUGCCGCUUACGAAGCUUUAAUGGAAAUGGUUAAAAAUUCACCCCGCGACUGCUAUGUUACUGUACAAAAAACUACCAUGGUGAUAUUGGAACGAUUGCAACAAGUUAUGCAAAUGGAAACGCACAUUCAAAAUCAUUCUGAUCGAGCACAGUAUAAUGAUCUUCAAUCAUUAUUAUGUGCUACCUUACAGUCAGUGUUGAGAAAAGUUACUCCUGAAGAUGCACCACAAAUAUCAGAUGCAAUAAUGACUGCACUAUUAUCCAUGUUUAAUUCGAAUUCGUGCAAAUCAGGAGGUGUUCAAGAAGAUGCUUUGAUGGCUGUGUCUACAUUAGUAGAAGUACUUGGAGAAGGAUUUUUAAAAUACAUGGAAGCUUUUAAACCAUUUUUGUGUUUGGGAUUAAAAAAUCAUGCUGAAUAUCAAGUUUGUGGUGCAGCUGUAGGACUUACUGGAGAUAUAUGCCGCGCUCUAAAGAAUAAGAUGCUCCCAUAUUGUGAUGAAAUUAUGACACUAUUAUUAGAAAACUUGAGUGAUAAUAGCGUACAUCGGUCAGUAAAACCACAAAUACUUGCAGUUUUUGGUGAUGUUGCUCUGAGCAUUGGUCCGGAGUUUAAAAAAUACUUGGAAAUAGUACUGCAAACAUUAGCUCAAGCUUCACAAGCUUAUGUUGAUAGAUCAGACUAUGACAUGAUUGACUAUUUGAAUGACCUCAGAGAGGGUGUCUUGGAAGCUUAUACCGGGAUAAUUCAAGGGCUUCGUGGUGAUAGUUCGAGUACAAGUCCAAGUGCUGAUGUUUCAUUAGUCGAACCAAGUGUUCCAUUUAUUAUACAGUUUGUUACUACUAUAGCUCAAGAUCGUGAACACUCUGACAGUAAUAUUGCAGCAUCCGCCGGUCUCCUCGGAGAUUUAGUUAUUGUAUUUGGAAUGAAGAUCUUACCUAUGAUAGAAACUGAUGCAUUAACGGAUUUAUUAAAUAAGGGAAGGAGAUCCCGAACUAGCCGAACAAAAAACUUAUCAACAUGGGCCACCAAAGAAAUCAGAAAAAUAAAAAACUCAGCGUCAUCUGUCACUAGCUGAUAAUCCAAGUUAUAUCAACGAUUUUCUUGUAUUUAUUAGAAGAAAACAGGUGAUGUUAUUUUCAUGUCAUUCUUCCCAACAUUUUUUAUUGUUUUGUAUAGACAGUUGAUACAAUUUUGUAAAAAAUGAACAUUUAAACUAAU